CUGGCCCAAUUCGCGAACUGCUUACGUCAUGAAAGUUUAUGUAUAAAGGAAGAAGAGUGGUGCAGGAAAUAUCUCUCUCCCUUCGGAACGUUUUAGAGUGAUUUCAAGGGCACCAAGAACGGUCCAUAAAUCGCGAUAAAUCGUAACAGAACGGCGGAGCGACGCUGGGUGAAGCUCGCCUACUUUCGAAGCGAUAAAGCAGUGCAGACAGAGCGCAGCCUUACAGUCGAGCGAAGAGUGCACAGUACCGAUAAGAUCGCCGCCGCUAGGAAGCCAAGGGGCGAAAAGCAACAACCGCAACAACAACGGCAACAACGGGCAAUUGCAAGCCAUAACUCCACUACCCCCCUCCCCAUUCCGCCCGUUCAUCCUCUAUCGCGGCUGCAUUUUCCCGAGGGGUGGACAGACCACACACACACCCCGCCCCCGAACGACAGCGACAGCGGUUCCACGUAAGCGUUUCAGGAAGCGCCGUUCCACCGUUGCACUCAUCCGUCGCAGCAUCAUCCGUGCACUACGUUCACCGUUAAUUCCACAGCAGCUGAACGAACGAUGGCGAGUGAAACGGGCGAGUACGAGAGUGUGGUGCUGGUGAAGCAGGAGGUGUUCGUGUACAAGAUACCGCCAAGGCAGAGCAAUCGCAGCUACCGAGCCGCCGACUGGAACCUCACCGAACCUAUCUGGACCGGCCGAUUACGGAUGGUGUCGAAGGGGCGGUCGCUGUGUGUGAAGCUUGAGGACAAGACGUCCGGUUCGCUGUUCGCCAACUGUCCCAUCGAGAGCUACCCGGGCGUUGCCAUCGAGGCUGUGUCGGACAGCUCGCGGUAUUUCGUGCUACGUAUCCAGGACGACAAUGGGCGGACCGCGUUCAUUGGGCUCGGCUUCGGUGAUCGAUCCGACUCGUUCGACCUAAACGUCGCCCUGCAAGAUCACUUCAAGUGGGUAAAGAACGAGGAGAAGAUCGAGAAGGAGAAGGUCGAACCGAAGCAGCAGCUCGAUCUCGGCUUUAAGGAGGGUGAAACGAUCAAGAUCAACAUGAAGAUCACGAAAAAGGACGGUUCGGAAGUGUCUUCGCGGCUGAACAAUAAGAAGGCGGCGUCGGGUGGCUUGCUGCCACCACCCCCUGGUGGUAACAAAAUCAAUUCGGGCACGCCAGGUAGCACCAGCUCGCCUUCUCAUCAACCCUCGGCUACGUUAAACGCUGGCGCUGCCGCCGCCACUGGUGGGGCUCAGACGGAAUGGGGCGAGUUCACUUCGGCCGGUGUGCAGAGUGGCACCGGCGACCCGGCAGCAACGGCUACCACUCCUAGCAAAACCAACGCGAACUGGGUGCAGUUCUAAUCGGAUUGGCUGCGUUUUCAGAACCGAAUGCAGGUCGCUUUGGGUGGUGCUGCCGUCAGCGUAUGCCUGCCUGCCCCUCUCAGCGUGGGGGUGCCUGCCCCCCUUAGCGAGUAGUAAGGGAACUAUACAUAAUCGUUUAAGUUUAAGGCUCCGCUUGUGCAUUUUUCGAUGCGAUGGGGAAAGCAAAAUGAAUUAAGAUUGAUAGUGAGCGCAGUGUUCCACCUAGUUUCUGCUCCAUCCCCCCCCUCAAUCCUUCCUUUACAAAAAGAAAGGAGCGAUAUAAUCCUGUUGCAUUCGUGCAUUUUUUAGAUUGUAUUCCCCUUUUUUACUGUUGUUUUGUUGUCAGAGCAGGCGGUGGACAUGUUAAAUUGUGGUCUACAUCAGUUAUAUUAUGUAAAGAAUAGAAGCAUCGUGCGCAGGGUUCACAACUCGAACGUCAAGAAUACCCAGAGUUCUCAAAACAAUCCUCCAGCAGGAGAAGCAAAUAAAAUCCGCGGGGUUUACAGUUCAAUAACGUAGGACCGCGAUAUAGUUGCAGAGUAGGAUGUAAGCGCGCAACAUAACGCAAAAUUAUAAUUCCAAACCGCGCUGCGGAUACGUAGGAGAAGGGGGAAUCCCAAACAAUAGGUUGCGGAUAGCAAAUUCGUAGUGUUAGAAGCGUUUUAGAGCAUGCAGCGGAAUCGCGCCUUUCAAAUUCAACACUUGUGUGCGCGUGUGUGUAUUCGCCUAGGGCACUUUGCCACACCGAGCACGUUAGCGAUGUAUACAGGCGUUCAAGAGCGUAGAAUUGAUUGCUUCUAGAGUUGCAUUUGUGUAGCAUUUCGGAGAUACGUAAAUCGUACCAUAUUCAGUACAGUGGUAGGGUCUAGCGGUGACUAUUAUUUGCCUUAAUUGGUCUAGAUGCAGCAUAUCGCAAGCGACGCUAAACGAAGGUUUCCGUUUUCUGAAGGACAGCACCUCUCGAUGGUGUUUCGAAUGUCGUUUCGACGGCGAUGGCGAGGUGGGAGCCCGUAUAUCGCAGAUAGCUCUUGGUUGUUUGAAUUGUGAUGUUGGCUUAUGCCUGUAUGUUCUUUUCUUCUGAAUGGCAGCGCUAGGCUUGGGGCGUUACAGAAUGCGUUGUGCAUGCCCGAACGUAACUAAAAAUGGAAGAACAACAACAACAGAGGACAUUAAUUCGAAUUCAUAUUCAACUAGAUGAGCUAGUUUAGGGGGGAGGCGAUUGAAACUGUGUGUAAAGAACCUACAGAUAUGCAUUAUCGGGUAUAGAUUAAAAAUGAUAUGCAGAUCUACAUAUAUUUAAUAUAAUCAAAUGUUAUAUGUGUAGAUAUAUAUAUAUAUAAUAUAAAAGUAUAUGGGUACGUAUGUGUUAAUAAGCAUAUAUAAGAAGGUAUAGCUGGUAGUUGUUGCAAAAUGCAGCACUGACACUGUGAAACAGCAUGAAACAAUGUUGAUUUAGUUCCAUACACAUACACAACCCUCACAAAGACCCACGUGACAGGUACAAUGACACGGACGAACGUCUAAUCAUCAGCGAGGAAAAUGGCAUUUUGGCGAAGCCAGCAAGAAGGUAGCAGCACUCAACUAAAGACAGACCACACUGUCUAGUGAUUCUAGCUACACUUUUUGGGCGAGAUAGAGAGAUGAGAGCGGAAAAUAAAGUAAUAGUAAAGCAUAUCCCGAACCCAUCACCCACUGCGCCAUUGAGGCUCCGUUUUGUUUCUAAAUAUGGCCGCGUACUCCCAGUUCAUUAUUGGCGAGUUCACUUCAAUCCGUAGUUCGUGCUACUCGCAAUCCUGCUCACUUUCCAGGGACUAGAUCUUGCUAGAUUCGUGUGUUUAUCCAAGGCUAUGUCAUCAAAACAACAAGAAAAUAGAACAGAAGUAAAAUAGGGUCGAUUGGUGAGCAUAUAUUACAAUGAAAUUAACAAACACUAA